AUGGCGCUGGCGGCCGCCCGAGCGCGGACUCUGCGCGCCCUCAGCCGCCCGCGCCCCCCGGGCCGGGUCCCGGCGGCGGCCCGGAGCUGCUGCAGCCCCGCGGGCGCCCCCGGGGCGCUGCCGCCCGGCGAGUACCGGGCCUGGCGGGAGCGGGCGGCCCGCGACCCCGCCGGGUUCUGGGCGGACGUGGCGCGGGGGUGGCUGCGCUGGGACAGUCCCUUCCACACGGCCUGCCAGCCCGAAGCGCCCGCUGGUUCCGCCCGCUGGUUCCUCGGCGGCCGCCUCAACGUCUCGGUAAAUUGCUUGGAUCAGCACGUCGAAAAGUCUCCAAACAGAGUGGCUUUGAUUUGGGAGAGAGAUGAACCUGGCACUGCAGUGCAUGUCACAUACAGGGAACUUCAGGAUCUCACUUGCCGCCUUGCCAACACUCUGAAGAAAUAUGGGAUCCACAAAGGGGACAGGGUGGCCAUCUAUAUGUCUGUGUCCCCCUUGUCGGUGGCAGCCAUGCUGGCUUGUGCCAGGAUCGGAGCUGUUCACACCGUGGUCUUCGCUGGAUUCAGCGCCGAGUCCUUGGCUGGGAGAAUCAUGGACUCUGGAUGCAAAGCAGUUAUCACAUACAACCAGGGAGUCAGGGGAGGCCGAACCAUAGAGCUGAAGGCAACGGUGGAUGAAGCUGUGAAGAACUGUCCAAGCAUCAAACAUGUGUUUGUGGCUCAGAGGACAGAUAACAAAGUCCAGAUGGGUGACCGUGAUAUUCCCCUUGAAGAGGAGAUGACCAAGGCAGAUUCCGUGUGCACUCCAGAGAGCAUGGACAGCGAAGACAUGCUCUUCAUGCUGUACACCUCGGGUAGCACUGGGAAGCCCAAAGGAAUCGUUCACACCCAGGCUGGGUACCUGCUCUAUGCUGCUCUCACACACAAGUAUGUGUUUGACUACCAGCAAGGAGAUGUUUUUGGCUGUGUGGCCGACAUUGGCUGGAUCACAGGACACAGCUAUGUUGUGUAUGGACCACUCUGCAAUGGAGCCACCUCUGUCCUGUUUGAAAGCACUCCAGUGUACCCUGACCCAGGUCGUUACUGGGAAGUGGUGCAAAGGUUGAAAAUUAAUCAGUUCUACGGAGCACCUACAGCGAUACGCCUGCUGCUGAAUUAUGGAGAAGAGUGGGUGAAGAAAUAUGACAGAUCUUCGUUGAAGGUUUUGGGUUCAGUGGGAGAGCCCAUCAACAAGGAAGCUUGGCAGUGGUUCUACGAGGUGGUGGGAGAAGGGCGCUGUACCCUUGUGGACACGUGGUGGCAGACAGAAACAGGUGGCAUCUGCAUUGCCCCACGGCCCUCAGAGGAGAAAGCUGAGAUUGUUCCAGCUAUGGCUAUGAGACCUUUCUUUGGGAUUGUGCCUGUGCUCAUGGAUGAGAACGGAGAGGUUAUAGAGGGCAAUGACGUGUCUGGUGCACUCUGCAUUGCCCAUCCAUGGCCUGGCAUGGCAAGAACAAUCCAUGGAGAUCACCAGCGCUUUAUUGAUGCCUAUUUCAAAGCCUACCCAGGCUACUACUUCACAGGGGAUGGUGCUUACAGGAACCAGAAAGGCUAUUACCAGAUAACAGGGCGCAUGGAUGAUGUCAUUAACAUAAGUGGACACAGGCUGGGGACGGCAGAAAUUGAAGAUGCAAUGGCUGAUCAUCCUGAGGUCCCUGAGACAGCUGUGGUUGGGUAUCCACAUAAGAUCAAAGGAGAAGGUGCCUUUGCUUUCAUAGUACUAAAGGAGCAGACAGCUUGUGUAGACCGUAUCAAAGAAGAGCUCAAAACUAUAGUGGCUUCCAAGAUAGCAAAGUAUGCUGUGCCUGACCACAUUCUGGUGGUAAAGCGCCUCCCUAAAACCCGAUCGGGGAAGAUCAUGAGAAGGCUGCUGAGGAAGGUAGUCACUGAACAAUCAAGCAACAUGGGAGAUGUCACCACACUUGAUGAUCCAAGUGUUGUCAGGGAGAUACUGGAUGCUUACCAGAAAUACAAGAAGAGUUCCUCAUAACAGACGGCUCUGGAAUUUCUCUCCUUCGGAAAUGUGGAAGGUCUCAAAUAACCAGGCAAACAACAUAGUUCUCUCUUGGUGAUAUUUUAAAAAACUGUUUCCUUCUAAGAGAACAAGAUCUUCCACUCCAUGACAUUUUUUAAGAUGGCACAGGGAAAGAAGCAGUCUGCAGUUUUCCACUGUCAGUAAACUGCUUUUCCUUGCACUCAGGGCUGUUGUAGAGCAGAUGUUGGUGGUUCCCAUGAGCUAUGCUGAAAUUUAACAUGAGCUAAAGCAAGAUGCAGAUACUCUUCUGAAUGUUUCUCUUUUUAAUGUUACUGUACAGGGAAAGGUUUUUUACACGAUACUUCUUGCUAUUUUAAAAGAAGCCCUGGAAAACACUGCUUCAAUUUUUCCCUUCAGCUCGGAGUCUAAGCAGCUCUAUUUCAUUGCAACUGUGGUACCUUUUCAGGAAUUCUGGGUAUUCUAGUAGAUGUUUCAUAUGCAUUACUAGGAACAUGAGAAGGACAUGGCUAGUCUGAUAAUUCUUCCUUGACUGUACCCAUUAUUCUGAUAUCUCAUUUGGCUUUCCUCAUAUGGAUUUGUUCCUACCACCAUGUGUCCUGGGACUUCCCAGAGAUGGUGAGCCUGUGACCCUUCAUGUGCCACCUAGGUAACCCAGCACCAGCACCUGUGGCUGCAAAAAGGAGCCACAAAGCCCAUGACUGGACUUCCUACAUAUCCUCUGUGUAUUGCUGCCAUGCUGAUUUACCAAAGAGUUAAGUGCCAUGUGGGUACCCACAGACUGCACAGGACACUAGAAAAUGUGCCUCUUGCCUUUCCAAAAGUGAUAGUAGCAUUCCAGACCAGCAACCUCAGAAUAGAAAAGAGGGGAAGAACAGCCUUUGUCUUUCCUAUGCUUUCAAAAUUGCAAUUAAUGUAGUCAGUGUUUUAUUUCUGGAUUCAUUUUAUCAUGACCACAUUCCAGUUGAAGCUCUCCUUACAUUUGGGCUGUACAGAAGAAUUUGCUUGUGGAACUACUUAUUCCUGAAUUUAUUGGAGCAACACUGCUUUUUCAAGAAGGACAAUUUGUGCACCUAACUGGAGGCGGGAAAGGCAGGAGGGAAAUGGGUAGGUGAUCUGUAGGACUGGGAAAGGUGUGGGGAGUUUUUUGGCAAGCAGAGAUUCUGGUGCCACAAUGGGAAACAAGCUGCUUGAAGUAUGAUAUGUUCUCAAAGACAGGUGUGUUGUCUUAAAUCCCAGAGUUGCUCCAAGGACACCAGCUGCAUUUGUUUUUUAAAAAAAUAUUUUAAAUGCCUCUAGGGACUGAAUAAUACAGUAAGGAAUACAUGCUUUGUUAAAUAUCCCAUCCUUCUGACUGAAAUGCAUUUUACAUAAGGUAAGUAGACACCCUGUGGACUUUCUGGGAAGGUUUGAAGGUUUGGCAGAAUAUUAGUAUUUUAGGAGAUAGAGACUACUUUAUUGCCAUUGCAAUGAUAAAACAAACAAACAAACAAACAAACAAACCAAACCUGUUUCCUUAAGUAAUUUUCAAGUGGGAAUCAGACAAGAGUUAAUGUUUCUGACAGAAAAAGUACACUCACUUGUUUAAACAAGUUGUCUCCUUGCAGUCUGAAAUAACAGUGUGGAGGAAGAAAAUUACUUUUGAACAAGAUGACACACUUUCCUUUUAAUCAAGAAAGCAUUUAUUAUAUUAUGGACAUAGAACUUCCUUGUCUUGUUGACUUGAAAUUUCCCUGUGUGUUGUCGCGUUGUACACAGACCCAUGGUUUAAUUCAUUUGAACUGUCUCACAAGCACUGUCUGUGUGAGGAGCAAUGUGCUUUGGUGCAUUGGGACAUUUGUCAUCCAAUUCCUCUGCUCAGGGAAAAUGAGAAAUGGGUGCACUCCCUCACCUGCAUCCCUGUUGUCUCAGCUUGCAUGGGCUAAGGGACCAUGGCUGCCAGGGAGGUUCCAGGCUAACUGGAACUUCCAGGAAGCUGCAGAAGCAGAACGAAUUCACAGCUGUGGUGCAGACAGAAAGUUGUGGAUAUCCCAUCCCUGAAAAUGUGAAGGCCAGAUUGGAGGGGGCUAUGAGCAGCCUGGGCUAGUGGAAGGUGUCCCUGCCCAUGGCAAGGGGGUUUAACUAGAUGAUCCUUGAGGUCCUUUCCAUACAAACCUCAUUUCCACAGCUGAGCUGUGGUGCUUGGGAUGCCCAUCUGCUCAGAGGCCCACUUGGGAUAUUCCAAGAGAGCAGGUGGUGCAUCUGUGCUGCCCACAUGGUGUUCUGCAGUGGACUCAGCUUGUGCUGGUCAGCCUCAGUCUCUGGGUAAAACUACACUUCUGCAAGUGUCCCAGCAUUGGCUCUUGGAGCUUACAGCCUGUGCCCAGCCCAUGCAAUGGCACCCUGAGUCUGAUAAAAACAGAGCUAGGCAGGGCUUGGAGAGAGCACUUCUUAUGAAAAGAAGGAUUCUGUGCUUUACUGAGUAGGCUACUCAUAGAAAGCUUUAAAUUGAAAUUAAAAUUUUACAUUUUCCUUCCAGAGUUUAAAAUUUCCAUCCAGAGAAGUCCCUAUUUCUUCUUUCUACCCACUAUGUCUGCUGGCUGCAGCAGUUGUCUCUUCACUGCAAGCUUGAGUUGAGCUUUGCAUUUUCAUCAACAACAGCAUGGGUGUGUGGUGACAGUGCUUUCUACUUCAUAUGCAGGGAGGGAUUCAGCCCACAGAACUGGAACUGGUUUCCUCAGUGCCUGAAAUGCCAGGAAGGAGGAAUUUUCUGAGGUACCCCAGAAACUUAGCAAGGCUCUUAAGACAAGCUGAUCUUCACGAAUCAGUGGUCAGAUAUCAGUGGGAUUGUGGGACAAAUUUGGGGGCAAUUGCUUCAUUUAGAAAAGCAGAGUUGUUGAAUUUUUCUAAACCUUCGUGUGUUCAUGGGUGAUGUAUGGGCUGUUUGUCAGAUUGCCUUUGUAGCUUCAUUAAAAGAGAUCCAAAAUCAAUUUUACCUGCUGCCAUUUAUUGAAAAGGGCCAGUAUGCUUUUGUUGCCCCACUCAGUUUGCCAGUAAGACCUGCUCAUGGUGCUUUCCCCCCAAGGUGGAGACACAGACCAUGAUUUUUCCAGUUGUAUAAAGGGAAAGCUCCAUCUGUCUAGAAGUAUGUUUUGAACAGUCUAGUGUAAAGUCUUUAAUUGAAUUUUGUUUACUUGUAAUCAUGCUUUAAACACAUUUCUUGUCCUUUACCAAAACCAGUGUCUUCAUUGAUCUCUAUAUUAAUAUUUUCAGUAGAAGAAGUAGGUGUGAUGGGUUGGCUUUCCAUUGUGGGUGUCAGACCUUCUAUCCUGUCAAGGAGCUGGGACUUGCUUAGUUCUCUGAACUUUCAAAGAAAGGCAAAGGAAUUUGAGAUCAAAAUGAAUUGUGAUCCAAAUUGCUGUUUUACUUUGCUCCUUUUCUCUAAGCAGUAGCUCAGAGGAAAUGAGUUAAUACCAGAAAACUGCCACUGCAAAAAAGAGCAAAGUUGAAGAAUGUUUUGAUGUCAGUAAGCUGCACAUCUCCUAUAAAUCCUGAGAUCCCACUGCUUUACACUUUUUCCUGUGCAAUGCAAACAGAGAAUAAGGAGUGGGAAUAUUUAAUUACCAUUAGUUGAUUAUGGAUAGUUUAGCUCUUUGCUUUGUGCAUACCUUGCACAAGUAGAAAAGGAGUGAAAGCAGGGUGUGUGUGGACAACAUAGAGAUAGCAUUGUGUAGAAAGUGUAUAGCUGUUCUAGAGUCAAGCAGAUGAGCAGGAAUUUCUUUCCAGGUGCCUCUGCAGGACGUCUCUACCAUUAAGAAGUGAGAAAUACUGAGUUUCACCCUCUGCCUACCCUGUGGAUAAAACAACAGAUAUAAUGAGGGGAUGAACACCGUUUGCCUUCUAUCUCCAGCAGCUGCUUUUGGAAACGUUCCAGUGCUGCUUGUAGCUCUUGCAACCCUCUGGCAAGUCACAGAAAGGUCUAGACAGAAAAGCAGGUGUCCAUCUCCUCACUUAGUCUCUCAAUGUUACAGCUGCUCUGAUCUAUUUACUGAUAAUUUACGGUAAAAAUGGAGAUUGUUUUCUGGUCUAACACGAUUAUAUUUAAGGGCUGUCUCUGUGACCAAUUAAAGCUACAGAAAUUGAUUUCAGCAACAGGUUUCUGGUUUUGAAUUACACAGGAACAGAUGAUCCUUUUCCACCUUGAAAACAGACAGUUCUGGACAGGGAAUUGUCUUCUGGCUGACUCUAGAGGUGAAGCAUGUUUUUCAUGGCAGUGACCCCAGUCUGUUUUGUCUGGGAUAGAAGGAUCUGGGGACAUAACCACCUUUUGCAGUGGAAAUUAUCAUGGCUGUGCAAAAAUUACCAGUGUACAAACAAUGGCAAUAAAAUCUGCUGUGGCAGAUCAUUAUUACCCUUGCUUCUAUUUCUCUAUAGUUGUUGUGUAUCUGCCUUUACUCCUGGUGUCUGAGCUGACAGCUUACUUUGGCUUUUGGGUGUGUUGGGGCUGGGAGAGUAGAACCCAGUGUUUGCCAGGAUAAUGAAUUCCUGCAUAGCUGGAUCAAGUAAUUCUGGAUUCAGCUCCAGCUCUUUGUGGGUUGCAUGAUCAUCGACAAUUCUGCCUUUCCAGAAAUUAUUCCACAGUUUCAUUUCAUAAUCAUUUGAAGCUUUUAAACUUCACAUUUUCAGUUUGCUUUUAGGGAAAAACACUUCUGGGCCCAGUGCAAACUGUAACUUUUCGACAGCAAAGUCCUCCUGGUUGCCAGCUUCUGAUGUAACAGAAGAAACUGCAUGUGAAUGUGUUAAUUAGGUUUCCUGAAGGAAAAACUCUAUGUCAUGUGGCUGAUUGUUUGCUUAGCUAUGGGUCUAGUCCUGGCCUAGUAAAGCCCAGGCAGGGUGGCAUGUUGCAGGGAAAACUAGUCCGUGAGUUUAUGGGAUUGCUAUCAGCAGCAGAGUGAAUGUGUCCUUUGGGGAUUUCUUUGGAGACAAAAAUCAGGGACCUGCACCAUGCUGCAAUAUUCUCUUAGAUAUUUCUAAAAUAUCCUAGAAAAGGCAGAAAAGGCAGAAGAAACUUCACAUCUCCUUGCACAGCCACGGUUUGAAUAGGGGCAUUCUUGUUCCUCCUCAAAGCCAUUGCUUUUGCACACCAGAAAGACGAACAUCCACAAACAGGAAUGAUGCCUGGUCCUCCUGCUGCUGCUUCAGAGCACUGGGAAGUGCAGACCUGGGUAUUACCAAUGUGAACACUUAAUUAGCAUUUUGUACUCCUUCAAGAUAUCCAGAUCUCAGGGCAUUUUGUCUCAAAGCAGCCACUGUACUGGUUCUAGGGAAGAACAGUAAAUGGGAAAGAGCGACUGCCAGCCUUGCAAGGAUGUGGGGGAAAACCUGAAGUGUCUGUGUCAAAAGAUGAGUGGGAAGAGUGUAAUUGCCAAAGCCAAAGCUUCAUCAGGAUAGCAGGAUCAGUUCUUUACUGCAUGCUUGCAUGAAGGUCAUUUGGGAUCUCUUUUUUGUGUCUCAUGCAGUAAAGGAACUCUUAAUAAUAUAGUGCUACUUAAAAACACAUUGGGAUAUAGCUCUGUAGUGCUUCACAAUGAAGCAGACUGCCUGCUUUGUCACUGCCAGCCCUGGUGACCCUGACAGGGACCAUAGUGUAUCCCAUGCCUGUUUUAUCUCCAAGCCAAGCUUGAUUUUGCUUAUUGGUGUGGAAUAAAUACAAAUGUAAUAAAAUGGACAAUUAAAUUGGUCACUUUGGAGGAUAUGCUCAUGGUUUCACAUAUCAGUCCUGUACCUCAUGCUCCCAAGGCUUGUCACUGAUCAUAAAAUAUUUUAAUAAAAAAACCUCAGAUCCCAUGUUACAUCUGAAUAAAAUUGCAUCAGAUAAUCAAGAAUUCUGCUGACAGGAAAAAGAAGAAAGCCUUCUGACUUUCACUUUCAGCUGUCCUGGAUUUCUGCAGCUCUUUGAAAAGCUGAUGUAGCUGGAGUGUUUGGAGAUGGUUUGGGCCUUUAUGAGAGCUAUGUGGAAUAGUCUGCAGGGCUCUGCUAGCAGAAAACUGUUUGUCCGAGCCCAUGGACAUCAUGCCAGCAGAAGCAGAGCGGUCCCACUCCCAGCCCAAGAGUCUUUGAGCUGAGCCACACCAGGGAGAAAAGACACACAGGGGAUCCAGCCCAGAUGCUUCACCUGCCAUAAAUGUUCCAUGGAGCUCUGUCACUGAGAGAAAGUUGAUGCUGGAUGAGCCACUGAACUUUCAUCUGCUGUAGUAGAACUACUCCAUGCUUGCUCCUGAUCUUCCUGAGAGAACCUGGUGCCAUCUUGUAACACGUGUCAUGGGGGGAUUUUUCUCCAGUAUUUUGGGUCUUUGUUCCAGUGGGGGAACGGUAAGGUCUGGCAGUUUGAUAUCUAGAAGUUACUGGCCUUUUUUCUUGCUUUGUAGGCAUUCUGCUGUUAAUAAACUGUUGUUUUUUUUUC